CACACAGGGUUGACCAAGGUAUUUCCAAUUGACUACACGUUUCUUUCACCUACCCCAAUUAGCAGCAACAUUGAGAAAGGAAUAAGCUUUACUGGUAUCAGCAAUGCCUACAUAUUUUUGUAAAAGUGAACAAUCAGCAAGCAUAGAACUAUCCAGGAGAUGAAACCACUUUGAUAAUUAAAAGUCAUAUGUAAACUUGGGUGUACCAAAUAUUCUAUUUUUCUUAUGUUUGGAAAUUGUUACAAACACAACUUUGAAGGAGAAUUAUGUCUACCAGUCAAACACGGGCACGUACUGUGGCAACAGUGAAAAUCAACCAAACUAUUUGCUUAAUUUAAAAGCUUGAGAUGGGUUAAGUGCCUAAAACCCAAACAUAAUUUGCCAUUCUUCAGUGAGUGAUGUUUGGUGUGGCAGUAGUGGUGUUAGGAGUGGGAGUUCUGGUGUAUGCAUAUAAGAGCAUAAAGCCUCCACCUUCAAAAAUUUGUGGAACACCCAAUGGUCCUCCUGUUAAAUCACCAAGAAUCAAGCUUAGUGAUGGAAGGAAUUUGGCCUUCAGAGAAAGAGGUGUUCCAAGGGAAAAUGCCAAGUACAAACUCAUCCUUGUCCACGGUUUUGACAGCUCCAAGGACAUUUAUUUGCCUCUUUCUCAAGAGGUGAUGAAUGAACUGGGUGUAUGUGUUUUGACAUUUGAUAGAGCUGGGUAUGGGGAGAGUGAUCCAAACCCCGAACGCUCGGUGAAGAGCGAAGCAUUCGACAUUCAAGAACUUGCUGAUCAGCUGCAUCUAGGCCCCAAGUUUUACCUUAUUGGGGUCUCCAUUGGAACAUACCCCGUUUGGGCUUGUCUCAAAUACAUACCACACAGGCUUGCUGGUGUAACUCUAGUAGUUCCAGUGAUUAACUUCUGGUGGCCCUCUUUUCCUUCGGAACUGGCGAAUAAAGUCUUCAAACAGCAACUUAUCAGAGACCAAAUGAAACUUUCCAUAGCACACCAUGCCCCUUCACUAUUAUAUUGGUGGUUAACCCAGAAAUGGUUUCCUUAUUCAUCCAUCAUGGAGAGGCACCCAAUUCUUUUCAAUAAGCGAGAUGUAGAAACUGUAAAGCAAAUGUCACAAGUACCAAAUCCUGAUGAGUAUAAGAUUCGGCAGCAAGGCAUUUAUGAAUCUCUUACUCGAGACAUCAUGGUGCAUUUUGGUAAAUGGGACUUUGAUCCAAUGGAGCUACAGAAUCCAUUUCCUAACAAUGAGGUAUCUGUCCACCUGUGGGAAGGUUAUGCAGACAAGCUUGUGCCAUUUGAACUGCAGCGUUAUGUUGCGAAGAAGCUACCUUGGAUUCAGUAUCAUGAAGUUUCUGAUGGCGGUCAUCUACUGAUUCAUGAAAAAGUUUUAUGUGAAGCUAUUUUCAGGGAAGUUUUGCUUGGAGAAGAACCCUCCAUCUAAUAAGUUCAGUUCAGCCACAAGAGAGAAAAUUUCUGCUUCUGGUCAUCAAAGCUAGAACCCUUGUUGAGUGUUGUAUUGUUCGGUUAAGUAUUUAUGUUAAUUAGAAUUCAACUAUUAACUUGUUUAAUUUCUUGCCAAUCCUUAUGCAAUUCUCUGAGUAAUGUAGAUAAAUAACUUAUUGAUCAUGCUAUGUCUUUGACCACCAUGACAUCUUGUUUAACAUUUUUAAAUCAA